AUGGAGCCGCCUACAAAGAAGAGACGGCAUGGCCCUUCGCCCCCAAAGGCCGCUCAAGAUGAAGACGACGACGACGAGCUGGCUUCACACCCGCAGGAGAUUAAAAUCCGAAGGGAUCCGGACAUUCAGCUUGCACUAAAGCGGGUGAAUGCUAAUCAAAAACUCCAUGCCACCAUGGCUCACAUCAUCGAAAAGUACAGUCGCGACUUUGAAGGCAUUGGAGACGAAAUCGACAUGGCAACAGGAGAGAUCGUGGUGAACAACGGCCACUUGCGCAAUAUGCGCGAUGAGGGCGAUGUCGAAGGUCUUUGGGUGGAAGGCGAAAGCAACAUCGAUGAAGACGAAGGAAUCCUGCUUGAAGAUCUCACCGACGAAUAUUCCGACAAUGAAGAACAAGCCAAUGAAAUUCAUCAUUCUCAAACCGACAAUGAGAAUAGUCAGGCAUCGAGCACAAAAGAAAGCGACACAGAGACACACCGGCAAGAUCAGAAUGUUAUUAUUGAUGAAGCGUCUAAUAAUGUUUCAAACAUCGCCAGCAGUCAAAAUGAUGCGCCACACGACGAGACCACGGUGCUACCCCAUGGACUGCCUCAAGACGAUUCUCAACUGAGUCCCCCAUCAUUUGGUCCUGGACCUCCACCAGGCUUCGGGAUACCUCACCCAACUUUUGGGCCAUGGGGAAUGAUGCCUGGAUUCCCUAUGCAGGCUUGGGGCCGCGAUGAUAUUCCCCCUUACUUCAAUAUGCCACCGAGUAUGCCCGGGCCAUGGUUUACAGGGGGCAGGUAUGAUACUGCCAGCAACAACGGCCAAGCUUCUAUCUGGGGUCGCAAGUGGACAAGGAAAACUAAACGAGCUGGUUCCAUGAAAGGAUCCUUCAAAAAGGUGUCUGACAAACGACCUAGUGACGCCGCUGUAGGUGUCAGCUCAGAGACUCCGGAUAACGAUCGUGGGUCUGAAUCCAAGUCCGCAGGAGGAAGCCCUAACAGACAGGAAGCUCCGUUAUCUGACCAAACCACCAACGCAAGUGAAGAGGAUGAGGACUUUUUGUGCUCUGGAACCUCGGAUGCAACGCCUAUCGUACAGCAAAAACCCAGUCUGGUCCCAUCAGGUGAUAAUGCUUUAUCCAAGAAUUACAGUUCAUAUGAUCCUCCGCACGAGACUCUUGAAGAGACCAACGGCAAUAUUGGCAAAGUGUCACAGCAGCCCGAUGAGAAUGACGAUUCUGGCCAAAGACGCUCUGGUCGGGCACGAAAACAGACAGAGUAUCUUGGCAAGAUUUCUUGGGGUGAUGCGCGGGAGUUCAAAAGAUCAGGGAAGACCUUUACAAUACAAAUACACGGGGCCGAUCCGUCUUUGCGGGAAGAGUACCAGUCUGUUGAUCUCGCCAAUGACGAAACUGAAGGCGAGGUUUUUUUACCUUCUGAGCAGACAAGAAAAGGUUCGCGAUUGUUAGAGGAGGUAGGAACGAAAGUGACUUCCGAAAAACUGGUCGUUCCAGACUCACAGGACACGGCAACUUCAUUUAACAGUAGCGCUCCUCAGGCAGCACAAUCCAAGAACGUCGAGGAACCAAGUCCACUUAUUCAAACCAUGAUUCCGACAAUGGAACUCUCAGACGAUGAGGCACCGCUCGCUCUAUCGAGAAUCAGAGUCCCCAAGCGGCAAAUCGCAGCUCCAGUGGCGGUCUCUCCUGUAUCUAGCCUGCUAACAGAACAAGACGAACGCUCUACUGAACCCGCUAAUGCCACGAGCGCUCCACUGAAGAGCAACAACGAACCAUCCCCUGAGGCUGAAAUCACAGUUGACGUGGUAGAUGGCACUAUGCAGCUACUCAAGCGAAAGCGUGGGAGGCCAAAAGGCUCAACCUCUGCCGCGAAAGCAACGCCGUCUAAAACUCCUGUUCCGGUACGAACCAAAGAGAUCGAACCUACGUCGCCCACCUUUAUCGUUGUAUCCCUGGCUGAUCACCUUCCUGAAUCCACAAAGCGAAAACGGGGAAGGCCUAGAAAAUCGGUUGGUGCGACUUCCACUGUUCAAGAUGAAGAAAACAACCCCACGAAAGAACUCGCAAACGUCGAUGAUGUGGUCUCUGAAAGCGAUCAUCAAGGACCAGUUAAUGAAAUCUCGAGCAACGAAGUUUCUGGGAAACCGCCUCCCCUAUCCAAUGAACUCAAAUGGCUUCUCAAAACUAAACCCAAAGAUUUUACUACCGAUAGAGCAUGUGACACAUUUUUAUAUAAGUUUGUCCAUCCUCGAAAACCGAAGGAGAUAUUGCAGCAAGCCAAAGACGACGAGCCAGGGUCUCAAGUUACACAAGAAACGAAGGAAGUUCCCAAAGAUAUAGAGGAUGAUCUAAAGGAACAAACCAUACUUUACAAGCCACAAGCACCAAUGCAAGAAGCCGACACUAGCAUGGAAGAUGUUACAGAAACUCGCGAAGACUCUGAAUCGGGCCAACAUGAUCAAACAUCACCCAGCAGUUCUUCUCCCCCCUAUCACGGUGACGGAACUCCUGGUGACGAUGAAUCUCCAGAAGUUGAUGAGCCUAUCGAACAUGGCACUCCUAUACCUCACAUAAUUAGCGAUGAUGAAGCUAUUGAGAGUGAAGGGUCUCUUCCUCCUCUGCCACAGGAUGCCCUUAUCCAGGAAGCGCCGACGCUACGGAAACCGAAACAAAUGAGGAGCUCUUUUAUAGAACCGCCAUCAAGUUCUCAAAAACCCCGUACUCCCCGCCACAAAUCCAUUCGCACAAAUCAGGCUCCAUCUUCACGCCGUUCCCUUCUCUCAUUUGUAUCGGAUUCAGAAUCAGACAAUGAGGGGUCCCGGGAUGAGCUGAUUCGAAGAGUAAAAUCCCAUUCCAAGUCAGCAAGUGUCCGCCCUUCAUCAAGGAAGAUCCGGAGACCUGCUACUCUGACCAGAGAAAUUUAUAGGACGCCCAGACCAUUGGCAGCGGAUUGGGCAUGUAGAAGAGGGAAUUAG